AUGGCUCACAAAAAAAAAGGAAAUAAAGAUUAAAAGGUAAUUAGCGAGGGAGAUAGACUAAAGGAAUAAGGUAACACAUAGCUUUAGUUAGAGAAUUAUCACAAAGCUAUUGAUUACUACAGUUAGGCUAUUAAGUUUGAUGAUAAGAAUUAUGCCUAUUUCCAUAACAGAUCUUUGGCUUAUUAUCUUUUGGAAAACUUUAGUUAAUCUCUCUAGGAUAUCUAGAUUUGCAAAUCUCUCAACAAAGAUUACAUUUAAGUUUAUAUUAGAGAAGCUUCAGCUUAUCAUCAAUUAGACUAACUUGACUUAGCUCUCAAGUCUGUACAAGAGGGUCUUUAAAUUGAACAAAACAAUGAAGAGCUCUUAAAAUUGAAGGACUUGAUUUAGCAAGAAAUCAAUCAAUAAAAUUAAGAAAAGGAAUUAGCAGACAAGGAAACUUUAAAAAAAUCAGAAAAUCUUUUAAGCUGGGUUUAAGCCAACAAAGGAGAAUUUUCAAGUAUUAAAUUAAAGUAUUUAAGUACUCAUAAUAGAAGCAUAGUUUCUAAAAGAAUCAUUUAAGCUGAUGAGACUGUGAUUUCAAUUCCUUAAGAAUAGGUUAUUACUUUAGAUGUUGCAAGUUCUUCAGAUUUCUGCAAGAUUUUAACUGAAAAGAAUACCCAGCUUGUUUAAUAGAAGCAUGCUUAUUUUGCACUUUUCUUAUUGUAAGAAUAAAAGAAAAAAGAUGCUUCUCAUUAUAAAGCAUAUAUUGAUUCUCUACCCACAGAUCUUAGCAGUUUUCCAGCUCUCUUUAGCGAAGAAGAACUUUAAUAUUUGGAAGGCACAGCUGCUCUUAAGCUAGUUUAAGAAUAAAAGGAAGACAUUAAAACUGAUUAUGAAUCAAUCAGCCAAGUCAUUCCAGAAUUCAAAUCAGAGUUUUCAUUCGAAUAGUUCCGUUGGGCUUUCCUUUGCUCUCACUCAAGAGUCUUUGGUAUUAAAGUGAAAGGAGUCAAAACCAGUGUUAUGGUUCCUUUGGCAGAUAUGCUAAAUCAUAAGCAUAGUGGAUAAGAAGACAGUGAAUGGGUAUUUGACGAUGCUACAAACUGCUUUACUGUAAAAGCAUUAAAAAAAAUCUAGCGCAAUUAACAAAUUCAUUUUUCAUAUGGAAGCAAAUGUAACUCAAAGCUAUUUUUAAAUUAUGGCUUUGUAGAUGUUUAAGAUCACACAGAAACAAUUAAAAAAUUGAAAGAAGAAGAACGCCCUGGACGCUAAUUGAUAUAAAACGACUAUCGCGGAAUUAACUAUUUCAAUGAACUACCAGUUGUAUUCUGCUUCGAUUAAGCUUAGGACGAUCCUACUUUACCUAUUAAGGCCAAGCUAAUUGGUGGCAGUAUUCCAGUUUGCUGCUUAACUAGGAUUAAUGAAGAUUUCGAAACAUAAAAUUCUACUGGAUUUUUAGGAUAUUUGAGAUUUAUUUGCAUUCGUGACCCUAACUAGCUAGGAAAAUUAUUUGAUUCCCACAAGAAAUACAUUGAAUAAACAAAUUAGUCUAACCUCCCCUUUUUACCUCAAAAAACUCCUCCACUAUCAGUCGAAAACGAGCACAAAAUGUGGUAGAGAGUGUAGGAAUUGCUUAUUCCUCUUUUGUUAAAAUACAAAACAACAGUAGUAAAAGACAAAGAGUUGCUCGAAUCAGGUUCUCUCAGCGAAAACUAACGUAAUUGCGUGCUUAUUAGACUAGGAGAGAAAAACAUAAUAGAAUACUACAUUGACAUGGCUAGCAAGAUGAUGUACUUGCUUGAAAACAAUGACAAAAAGUAAAUUUUAGAGUCUGCUAAAUCUGACCCUAAAUAUCUCCCUUACUUCCAUUAUAUAAUAUAAGUUAUUCUUGCCAGAUUGCUUUAUCAAAAAUGA